UCACCUCUAAAAUUAACUCGAUGUUUCAAACAAUAUGGCAGCGCACAGACUUGAAACGUGAGCAUAAAGUACACAAACAAGAUGUGACUGCAAGUGAUGGAAAGUGUCAAAAAAUGACCGACGAUUAAACGAAAAUGGCGACUCUGUGCGUCAGGUGUAUGCGUUCCGGUUACGUGUCAGUUCUAAUUAGAACAGUCUGCAGAUACGCACCUGGUGCUGUUCAGUUUCCCCGAAGAAAAAGCGUGCCUGCUUUUAAUCACAUACCAGCAGUUUUCCUGUCAGGCAAGUCCGCACUUAGUAAAGUUAUUAACAGCGGCACCCGCCGCCAGUGGGAGGAAGACAGUUUUGCACAGCCGCAUGCCCCACCAGUGUCAACCAGCAAAGUGGAACAGGACAACUUGUUGAUAAGAAGACCAGAUCAGCCAAAGAAUUCCAAGAGGCUAAAAAUAGCAGUCAUUGGAGCACCAAAUGCUGGAAAAUCCACAUUAUCUAAUCAUCUUCUGGGCAGAAAGGUAUUCCCUGUGUCGAAGAAAGUACAUACAACUCGAUCCAGUGCACAGGGUAUUAUUACUGAAGAUGAUACCCAAUUGAUUAUAUUGGACACACCAGGGCUUACUAAUGUUCAGAAAGAAAAACGGCACCAUCUGGAAAAGUCUUUGUUGAUGGAUCCGUGGAGUUCUGUCCAAGAAGCUGAUUUAGUGAUGGUAAUGGUGGAUGUCUCUGACCACUGGACACGGAACCAACUUGCACCAGAAGUGCUGAAAUGCCUUGCUGUCCAUCCACAAAUCCCUGCAAUUCUUGUGCUAAAUAAGGUUGAUUUGUUGAAAAACAAAGCCCUGCUACUGGAUAUUACUACAGAGUUAACUGAGGGAAUUGUUAAUGGGAAAAUGGUAAAAAUCAAACAGAUCUUGAAAUCUAGUCCUGCUUCUAGGAAAGAAGCACAGAGACUAAGUACAACAAAGGAUGUCCUAGUCAACUCAGAAUGUCUUCAAGAAACCCACAGCAAAGCGCAAACGGCACCAUUGAUUGAGCUCUGUUCAAAUAAAACACAAGAACAAGCAUGUGAUCAUCGGGGCCUCAAAAAGGACACUCAAUGCAAUUCUAUGCUGAGGGGUUUAAAGAAAAAACGCGGUUGGCCACAUUUUCAGGAAGUCUUUAUGCUGUCUGCUGUAAGUGGGGAAGAAGCUGAUACGCUCAAGAGUUACCUGAUCAGUCACGCUAAGCCCGGGUCCUGGGAGUUUCACAGUGAAGUGCUCACCGAUCAGUCUCCACUUGAAAUUUGUCAUAAUAUAAUUAGAGAAAAGCUUCUGGAGUAUCUCCCACAGGAAGUGCCAUAUAAUGUAACUCAGACUACAGAGAUGUGGGAUAUUGGAGAGAAUGGAGAAUUAAUAAUUCUUCAGUUACUGUUUGUAAAAAAGGACAGUCAUGCAAAAAUGCUGAUUGGCCAAGGAGGGCAGAUGAUAAACAGGAUUGCUCGUGAAGCAGGAGAAGACUUGAUGAAUGUCUUCCUGUGUGAUGUUAAGCUGAAGUUGUCAGUCAAAGUGACAAAAUAGCAAGAAGCAUGAUGAAGAAAAGAUUUUAUCCACAGAGACAUUUUUGCAAGAACACAUAGCCUUUGAGUGCCACAUUAAAGGCAAUAUAAUUUGUAUGUAUGUAUAUUAUCUGUUUUAUACUAGUCCAAAAUCUUUAAUUAAUGCAAGCCGACAAUAUGAUUCACACUUGACAUUCAGAAAAGGAUUUUGUUUUGUUUUUUUGAGAUACUGUCUGGUGCUUAGUUUUUUUUUUUCCUUCAUAUUUUCCUCCUUUGAGAUAGAGAAUAUGCAGAGUCAGGGUAGAACACUCCUGUGCCAACAGUUAAAAUGCCAUUUGUCUGUCUGGAUAGUGAAAAAGAGAUGUGGACAUGAAAAAGAUAAAGCAAAGGACUUUUUAUUUCACUGUCCCACAAAGCAGACUAUUUGUAAAACUUUCCUAUUUCUUUAAUUUAAAACAAGGAAUGGAUGAAGCGUUUUUUUUAAUCUAUUACGAGACCUUGAGUUUAGUGUACCUGUGGUCUAUUUCUCUCACACAUCUACCCUCGCCCCCUUUUUCCUAUUGUUUGAUAGUUCCUGAAACACCAAGCCACUCUGAGGUAAAAGCUUUUUCAUAAUCAGAAAAUCCCUAAACCUACCUUAAUUUAUAGAAGCUUUUAAGUACAGGUGGCAACAAAACUGUUAAAUCAUUGAGAUUUUAUAAAGUAAAUCAGACAUUCUAGUUGCCAUUCUGCACCAUACUAUAUUAUGAGUAGCCUUGUUCUGUGCACUUCGUUAUCUUGCAGCUGCUCCAUUUAAUACAAAAAACUGUAUAAUUUAAAAAUAGUUUGACAUCUUAUUUAAACACAUUCCAAAAAGGUUAAGGAGCAGGUUAAAUACAAAAAAGUAUACAUUAAAGUAAAGGUUUUCUAUUUAUGUGGGAAAAAAAUGACAAAUAAAUGAUCACCACAAUUUUAGGAAUACAUUUAAUACUAAUGAACACAGUAGACUCUCCAGGCUAAAAAAGCCAGCAUGAAAUGGAGACGGUGUUUUCUGACUCUGUAUGGGACUUUGGUUGUGAAGAAAUGAGGUUUCCCAAAACGUGUUAGCCUUUUCAAGUUGAUUUCUGUGCAAGCUGGUCACUGAACUUGGAGUGCAUGAGUGCUCCAGGUAACUGAAAACAUGGACUUCCCAUUACAUUGAUGUUUUUAGCCUGGAGAGUCUAUUGUGUUCAUUAGGAUUGAAUUCAUUCAUCUCAGUGUAUAUAAUUGUGGUGACCAUUUAUUUUUUUGAGAUGAAUAGGAAACUGUUUCUUUAAUGUAUAUUAUUUGUGUUUAGUAAUAGUCUGCUCCUUACCUUGUCUUGUAAUUUUGUUUUGGCAAGGUAUUGUUUAUUUAAAUGGAUGGUUUUUCUUUGAUUAUUUGAAAACAUGACUGACAUUACAGGAGCCUCUCUAGAUACAGUACCAAAACAUGACGUUUUUUAUUUAAGAAGUUAUUUUGCUGUGAAGUGUUAAAAAGACAUAAGUUUAAAAAAAUUCAUAAAAUUAAUAGAUUGGUCCAAAACCAGAACACACAAUAACCGGUCCCAUUAAGGUAUAGGUGUAUAAUGUAACUCUUUCAAGCAUACAUAUAUAUUUUUUUGGUUUGAAAUACGGAUUUUCACCAUUACUUGAAAAUAUGUAAAAGUAAAGCAGUUCUUGAAAUGAGACCAAUAAAGUGUUUUUUCUAGUUAUUCUUA